AUGAUGGGGAGGGUGGGCACAAAGGCAGUGGUGCCUGGGGCCCGUGCCGUGGAAGGCACUGUUUGUCCACCUCACCCCGUGCACAUCCUCACGACUGUAGAGCCAGCCUGGACCAGACAUCAGCUCAUCAGACAAAGCCCUAUUCUUGUGUCUCUAUGUAGAGAAGUGGGUGACACGCUUCCAAAAGUUCCCUACAAUUUCAUAGGAAAGGAGGCAAUGACAGGAGAAGGUAGCUGUGGCAGCCAGCAGACCUGCCAGCAACAAAUCUUGGCUGUGCCUCGUGUUGAUGGGACCACACGUGCAUCUCAGAGCCGGUGA